AUGAGUUCAUACAGAGUUUGUUUCUUCUUCUCAUCUUCAUUUUAUGAAUAUUUAAGAUCAGAAAGAAAAUUGAAUUUCAAAAGCUGUCUAGAUUUGUUGUCUUGUCAAUUUGAGUCUAUAAUAAAAAAUUUACCCCGAAAUGAGAAGAAAAGAAUUUUUCCCAAUGGAAAAUCCAAACCGUCGGUGUGCACUGCCCAUGAUAAUGAUUUGGUCAAUUUUAGUUCUUUACAAAUUCAGACAUGCCUUACAAAUUUAUUCAGAAAUCAGCAGAAAAGUUUCUUGCCUAAGUUAGAGUUGGGUAGAUUUCCUCGAUGA